AUGGCACCUGACACCCAGAACGAUAGCUUGCAUGCGUCACAAGUUCCGGCCAAGAAGAAAUCGAAAUGGUCCCCACAAGAAGAUGCCAAGAUCAUCGAGCUGCGGGGGCGUGGAGUAAAGUGGAAGGAUAUCAGCAAGGAGCUUCCCAGGCGAAGUGCAAUGAGCUGUCGCCUGCACUACCAGAAUUACCUCGAGAGACGAACUGAGUGGGACGAGGACCGAAAGGACAAGCUCGCUUGGUUAUAUGAAAGAUUCAAGGCAGAGAUGUGGGCAAACAAUACAGAGGAGCUGAGUGUCCCCUGGCGGGCCGCAGAAGCUAUGCACUGGCAGCUGGGAGAACAAGACAUAGCCAGACGAACUGGAACAGUUCCGUUCUCACUCUCGCAGCUUGCAUCGGAACCUCCCCAAGCGUCGCGCUCACUUACCGUUCGCCUCCCUUCCAUUGCAGAGCUCGAAGCCGGAGUUCCAGCAAAUACAAGUCAGCCACCAGAUUCCGCAGAAUUGAACCGCAGGCACAAGAAUAGCCCCCCAGCGACGGGUCCUUCUGUGGAGAGUUGGGCAUGA